AUGAACUCGGUCUUACUCACCCCAGCCUCUGCAGGCCAAGCGAAAGACCCAAAGUCUCCUUGGAUUCAAGUUACCGAUAUACCGUUUUCGCUUACUCCCGCGACUGUGCAGGCCUCCAUACGUGAGAACGACGACCCGGCAGUUAAGCUCAGCCAGUUGCCUGACAUCUCCCCGAAGUCGAUCCGAGUUUUCGAUAUAUGCACCAAUGCCGGAGGCGCCCGUCCUGUCGGCUUGCUCCUGCAGCAACAUCUGCGCCGGUGGUUUACAAAGAUCAAGUUUAUGCCGCUUGUUCACAGCCCAAGGCUGCAGAGCCACCUAUUUGACCGUUACCAAUCCUUAGCAUCAGACCCGACUUUUUUAAAUGCGCUCUGGGAUGAGAAUCGCGAGGGCCUGGAUGUUGGAAUAGCAUUGCAGUUGCCUUGUACCCAGAUGUCGAAACAGUAUAAACCUCUGAACCUGGGGCAUUCCUUCACAUAUCUAGUCUGUGGACUGUCAAAAGCCGAUGAAUUAGCGAUCAUCUACAGGCGCCCCACUUUCUUCUCCGGUCCAAUGCGGGCUGCAGAUGGUUUGGGCUCCCUAUUCCCGUCGUCUCAGUGGUCACAGCGCGUUCCAUCUGUUGGCUUCUCAAGGCAACAGCUCGUCAAGCUUAUCAUACUGGAACAUAUCCGUCUCCAUGUUCGCAAACUCAGAGAGAUUUGUCGUGCGACAUUCCCUUCAACAAAGAUGAACCUGUUAUACCGCGGUUCUGGUAAUACAGCGGCCACAAUCGAGCGCCUCAGGCAUUCAUUCGAAUUCUGUCGGCACGUCAAAGAGUUUUCAGAGAUGGUCGAGUUCGUGAUCCAGAGCUUCGAGGCCGAUAUCGCCGAUACUGCACCGGCGUCACUACUUUGUUACCUGGUUUCCAUCCGCCAUGAAUACACUCAGUUGGAGAGCCUAGCAAAUGCCAAUCACGAGCGCUAUAAGCUAGCGUGGGACAUGUACAAAGACAACCUCAACGUCAACGAGUCACGCGACGUCAAGGGUUUGACUGUGCUUGCGGCUGUUUUUCUCCCUUUGUCCCUUUCCUCUAGCAUCCUCGCUAUGAGCACACGCCUUGCCGACUUGAAUAUCUUGCUAUACGACUUUGUCGGUGUUUUCUUCAUACUUUCAUCCAUUGCCAUCGUCCUAUACGUUUUCAUUCGCGGCAUAGGUGCGUUGGCCCGGAACGGACGUUAUAGGGUCACACACAAGCAAGUCAAAAUGGAGGAACACAUGGACACAAUGGGGAGACUCAUCCCUGAUACGAGCACGACCAUAUAUAGCUCCCCGAGGUGGAAGUCAUUUGUUGUGUCCACGAUACUGAUGGUAACACUAACAUGGCUGACGGUGACGGUUUCCUUCAUAGUGGGCAUGGUAGGUGAUCACGGCAUGGGCGUCACGAUGCUAAAGUACACUGCUUUCACAAUGGCAGGGAUCAUAGGUGUAACAGUGAUUUUGAUCGUCGCAGGAGUUUUCACAGUCAAGGUAAUUGGUAGGGGCCUUAGUCCUGUGGAAGUUAUACCUGGAGGUGCCAAAGGUUUAAUUGCUGGUAGCGGGACGGGAGCAGAUAUAAUGAUCCAGCCACAAGGAUAUGAGAUGGAGGACUUGUCGAUCUUGACAUGA